CCUGACCAAGCCGGGCGAGUGGUUCACCGGUCCGGCUGGAAAUCCCCUCGGUUCAGCUGUCAGUGAGCUGUCUGUGUGCCAAACGCCAGGUGACAAGAAGCUCCGGUCACGCUCCCAAGCACCCCCGGGAUCCACCCCCGCAAUCCAAGACCCCAACCGACCUGGUGCGCCUGGGACCACACCUGGCACUGAUGCUAGGUCACGUAGUGAACCACCGAGAGACACGAGAAAUGGGAAGGGAGUUGGUCGAGGAGAGCGCCGUCAGCCCAGACUGCAGACUCAGGUCUCCAUGGACCGGGACCUCAGGGGGGAGUCCAGGGAGCGCAGGGAAGGUCGGCGGCUGUCAAAGGGACGCUCUCUGGAGCAUGAUCCUGUGGGAAGACGGACAGAAGAGGGGGGCUAUCAUAACAUGGACCACAGUGGUGCCCCCCCUCGCCAAGCAGGGCCGGUCCUUCCUGGAGGCCGGGGCCACCCUGUGCCCACACAGGGUCGGGGCAUGUCUGUAGUAGGGGAGGUAGGGGACGGCGUGCGGCCUGGUCAGAGGACGGUGGGUGGGGUUGGAGGGCCACAUGAACACAACAUUGCUCAGCAAACCCCUCCUCCUGAACUUAGAGAGCCCCAAAGUACAGGCCCUGGCUUAGCGCCUGGCCAGGGACCUGUAGCUAGACGGACCAAAAGGGAGAAGGCUGAGAGCAUGCUGCGGAAUGAUUCACUAAGCUCUGACCAAUCAGAAUCUCUGCGUCCGCCACCGCCGAGGCCCUACAAGUCGAAGCGGGGUCUGGGGGCCGGAGGGAAGAGGCAGACCAGCAUUAGCAGCUCAGAGGAGGAGGGAGGUACCACACCCGAGUACAGCAGCUGUGAAGAUGCUGAGAUCGAAAGUGUCAGCGAAAGAGGUGACUGGGAGUGCUACCCUCAUGACCCCACUGUAUGGCAUCAUCCUGUAACCUGGCAACCAUCCAAGGAAGGUGACCAUCUAAUCGGGAGAAUCACCCUCAGCAAGAGGAGUGCCACCAUGCCUAAAGAAGCUGGAGCUCUGCUGGGGUUAAAGGUGGUGGGAGGCAGAAUAACAGAGUCAGGGAGAUUAGGUGCCUUCAUCACUAAAGUCAAGAAGGGAAGCCUGGCUGACGUGGUGGGACAUCUCAGAGCAGGGGAUGAAGUUUUGCAGUGGAAUGGGAAGCUGUUACCAGGGGCAACGAUGAAGGAAGUUUACAACAUCAUCCUGGAGUCUCAAGCUGAGCCCCAAGUGGAGCUGGUGGUAUCCAGGCCUAUUGGGGUGUAUAGAAAAUAUCAUGAUAUCCCAAGAAUCCCAGACACGUCCCACCCUCCAUUAGAAUCUACAGGUUCCAGUUCUUUUGAAUCCCAGAAGAUGGAGAGACCAUCCUUAAAUGUCCUGUCUCCCUCCAGUCCCGGGAUGCUCCAAGACGCUCCCCAGUUAAUGCCGGGGCAGCUCUCAGUGAAGCUUUGGUACGACAAAGUGGGUCAUCAGCUAAUCGUCAACGUGAUGCAGGCUGUGGAUCUUUGUCUUCGCCCUGAUGGACGGCCCAGAAGCCCCUACGUAAAAAUGUACUUUCUCCCUGACCGCAGUGAUAAGAGCAAACGAAGAACAAAAACAAUGAAAAAGACGUGUGAGCCCAAGUGGAACCAGACGUUUGUCUACAGUCACGUCCAUCGGAGGGAUUUCCGCAACCACAUGCUGGAGCUAACGAUAUGGGACCAACCCAGGUCACCAGAGGAAGACAGCAUCUUUAUGGGAGAGAUCCUAAUAGAGCUGGAGACGGCCUUACUGGACGACAAGCCUCACUGGUAUCCACUCCAAACGCACGAUGUCUCAUCCAUACCGCUGCCCCGCCCCUCCCCGUAUCUACCCCGACGAAACACAGACACCCCCGGCAAGAAGCUGCAGCGUUCUCAACGUGUAACAGAGCCUGAAUUUGAUGAGGGUACAGCAGUAAUGUCUAAAGCAGCAGACGGGCGAGGCAGGGAGAGGCAGUGGGAGCCCUCGUCUACCCUGGAAGUGCCGGACCAGCAGAGGACGCCUGCCCAUCACAUACGUUCCCGCUCAGUCUCCCCGCACCGAGAGGAGCAGGGGCGAAUCAGGUCACGGCCGCCCAACGUUCCCACUCAGAGGAGUCUGGAUGAUGAGCUUCCCUACACUCGUCGUUCUCGCUCUCCGACCCGUUACCACGAUGCUCCCCGAGGUCGCCACCAGGAGGAGUACCUGGAUGACAGUGAGGUCAUCAUGAUCCACCAAUCAAUGCGAGGCAAAAGUGCUGAGUGCCUCCACACCAGUGAUCUGCAGCCUUCUCUGGACAGGGUUAGGAGCGCUAGCACCAACUGUCUGACCCCAGACAAUCAUGCCCCCUCACCAGAGACUGAAAGAAAACCUUUGUCCCAUUCCCUGCCCCGGAGACGUCCUGCAAGUCCCAGGAUUCUUAUCCAACAUGCUUCCCCUGAAGAUGACAGGCAGCCUCGGACCCUGGAAACACCUGAAUGUCAGACUCAUGGCAGGAAGCUAUCUAACAGUAACAGGGGCCACCUCCAAGGUGGUUCGUCUCUUUCCUCCUCAGUGACCUCCUCCUCAGCCCGCAGAGUACGACAACUCCCUCAGCUUCCCCCUCAGAGCAGCACCGCAGAACAAGCCCUGGUAGCAGAGGAGUGUGUUCGUCAGCUCCAGAUGAGGGUUCAUUCCAACCGGGUGUCAGCUGCCUCCACCUCCAGCCAACAGGACCUGGACCGAGCCCUCAAGAACAAACGGGAGCUCGACAAGGAGCGCAGGCGGAGCAGUGAAAAUGUUUCCCAUAAGUCCUCAGACAGUGAUGUCAGCGACGUGUCAGCCAUCUCUCGUACCAGCAGUGCCUCUCGCAUCAGUAGCACCAGCUACAUGUCCAUCCAGUCAGAGAGACCCCGGGGACGCUUCAGGGCCAUGCGUGCAUCAGGCCGCCACAUGAUGAAGAGUACCAGCGUGAGCGGUGAGAUCUACGGCAUGGAGCACGCCGACGGUAGCCAAUCGGACACGGCCCUCGGUAGCCUGGGAAGCGGGAUCAAGAAGCGUCGCUCGAGCCUCAGCCAACGUGUUGUAGCCAUUCUUCCAUCCAGACGCAGCCGGAGUACCUCGCAACUCAGCCAGACAGAGGCGGCGGGUAAGGCGGCGAACAGACAGAAAGAGACAACGACAAGAAAGAAGGGGAGUAAGGGCGGCAGCAGCAGCAUCCAGCGGAGCGUGGAGACGGGCAUGGCCGUGGAGUAUCCGAGGGGAGGGUCAGGCAUGAACCGACAGGCCAGCAGAGAGUCCACUGACGGCAGUAUGAACAGCUACAGCUCUGAGGGGAAUUUGAUCUUCUCAGGUAUGCGGUUAGGUGCUGACAGUCAGUUCAGUGACUUCCUGGAUGGUUUAGGCCCCGGUCAACUGGUUGGCAGGCAAACACUAGCAACACCUGCAAUGGGCGAUGUUCAGAUCGGUUUGAUGGACAAGAAAGGCCAGCUGGAGGUGGAGGUGAUCAGGGCACGCGGCCUUACUCAAAAACCAGGCUCCAAAUCCCUCCCAGCCCCCUAUGUCAAGGUGUACCUGCUGGAUAAUGGAUCCUGUAAAGCCAAAAAGAAAACCAAGAUUGCACGAAAGACCCUGGAGCCGCUUUACCAGCAGCACCUGCUCUUUGAGGAGAGUCCCCAGGGCAAGGUGCUUCAGGUGAUAGUUUGGGGCGAUUAUGGACGAUUGGACCACAAAUGUUUUAUGGGUGUAGCACAGAUUCUAUUGGAGGACCUGGACCUCUCGAGCACGGUGAUUGGCUGGUACAAACUGUUUCCACCAUCCUCAUUGGUGGACCCUACAUUAGCUCCGCUCACGCGGCUGGCGUCUCAGACGUCACUGGACAGCUCAGGACCACCACCGGGCGUUCGGUCCUAGUGACCGAAUGGCGACCACAACCCCCACCCCAAAUAACCCUUAACUGACAAAACAAUGGACCACAGCUACUGGACCAGAACUGAGCAGAGGGCGAGAUCACGUCCUGAGGACGACAACAAGAAGCCUUCGGUCAACAAAUGAAAAGCCAGACGGAGCGACAGGGAAUGCAAGAGAGAAAGAGAGAGAGGGAGAGACAGAACUAGCCAAUCAAAGCUUAGCUGGAGUCUGACAAUCAUGUCUCACACCUUCCCUCUUCCUCCUCUGUACACCUUUUCAGUUUCAAACUUUGCUUUCUUUGUUUUCUUCUCUCACCUGCAACAGGAGACUUUUUCUGUCCAUCAUUCUCCACGUCUCUUUACUGCUUUCCUGUCUUUCUUUUCUCCUGACAUCCCUGUGCAGCCCCUUUUAGAGCACCUGUUCAAUGUGGAGCCCUCCGCCCAGUAGCCCUCCAGCCAAUCAGAGCAAAGCUUACUUCUAGAACACAGGGAUGAGUAGUGAUAACAAUGUGUGAGUUAGUCGGUUGCAUGGAUGGAAGCUGCCCUCAGCUGUACCACGACUUUAAAGUUAUCUGAUGUCUCUAGAGUGUAACCACGGUAACACUGUCAUAACUGAGUAUGAGUGGCAGUGGUUUGGCGCGGUUUGGUAUGGUUCGAUAACCUCUCGGUGAAAGUGAGACUGCACAUGCUCGUGCACAUUCUUAGCCUUGUUGUGAUUAAUGAAAGCAAGCACAAGAGAAGCUUGGCUUGUUGGCAGAGGCAAACAAAGUGUUGCUCUUUGUCUUAAGAAAGAGGAGAGAUAAUAGAGGCCAAUGACGAUUUGCUUUUAUUUCAUUUGCUGUUUUUUUGUCUGUCUUUGUUUUGCCCAGGUUUCAGAAUGGUACCAUAUGGUGCGGACUCCCUCUGUGUAUGUGUGUGUUUGGUUUUUCGAGCGAUGUUGCGCCAAAGACCGACCGUAAAGGUCCGGUCAGAUUCGCCCGAACAUCCUUAACCCAACCCUCAUCCCCAUUCUUUGUCUCCUCCCCCUUCUUGACCUCUAACUCCCCCAGUAGGAGGGAGCAGCAUGACUCGGGGACGCCCCGGAUCGGCCCCCAAGCUGCAUGCACGUUUCUUUUUGUUCUGUUUGUUUCGUUUUUUGUUUUGUUCUCUACUUUUUUGUAAAAUAGAAGACGAGACAAAUUAACGAACAAUUCUCAAAAAAACAUAAACAGAAAAAAAGACUAGACUAUGUGUGUUAGUUCCACAUACUUUUAGGCCAGCUUGUAUGUUGCAUGUUCUUGUACAGUUUGCUCGUACUGAAUAUGAAUACAAACAGAGAAAAGCCAAGCCAUCCCCGCCCCCUAACAGGAGCGGACCAAUAGGGGGGGACAACUCUACCCAGGCCACGCCUAUCACUCUGGGUCUAAAUAUACAUAUUAGGAAGUCUCCGGAAAAAGAAAAAACUCUUUGUUUCCGUUUUUCUUGAACCCUUAAAUAACAGUGCUGUUCUGUAGUACUGAGCAUACUCGAGCCCCUGGCGUAUCUGCGGGUGUAGGUGUCUAAACUGUAGUUUAACACAGUCGGGGCUAGAGACAGAGAUAGAGAAUGUGUGUAUAACAGCUCAAUGUAUAUGAAGUAUCAUUAUGAGUUUGACAGAAAUUAUAAAGAUAUAGAUAUAUGAAUAUAAAAAGAGUGUAUCUGACUGUACACCGGUCACCGACACACACACACACACACACACACACACACACACACACACACACAUGUACACCUUGUACAUACAAACCAGGAAGAGAGGCUUGAAUUACGUUAAGAACAAACAAAAACAUUGCUGACACACUAACAUUCCUGGUCUCGUAGAAGGGAAUUUACGUCCUGUGGAUGUGCUCGAGCCGCUGAGCGGCCCUGAGCCACAAGGGGGCGCUAAUAGGCCUUUAUUUUUGUCCUGAUUGCAGAAAACAAGUAGAACCAAUUGGAACAAAGUUGACUUUCUUCUCCUUAAAUCCCCUCACCCAUGUUUACGAUGAUAUUGGUUUGGACUGGACUUCUGAAGCCAAUAAGAAAUCUAAUUUUUGCAGACAUAUUUUGCGGAUGUUUCUGUUGAAACCCUUGGCGGUGUGGCCGACUGCCCUUUCCUUUGUCAGUAUUACUCCAGGAAUACUGAUUGUUUACAGCCCAUGGCUCCCCACUCCCAAACCACAAUUUUAGAUGAAAGACUAAGUAUUCACUGCAACAGUUCUUGUUUGUAUAACAGAUGUGGCUCUACUGAUGUGUAUGUUUUAUAUUCAAGAGUUCAUUUUUAUUAUUUACAAAUAAAAGACUGUGUGGAAGAAGA